UCUGCGCGGGGUCACGUCACCAGCGUGCGCCGGGUGGUGCCGCGCGGCCGCAGCGGAGCCCAGAGCUGGCGGUUGGCGCGGCGGAGGCGGCCGGGCCCCGCCGAGCAGCUCCGGGUGCGCUGCUGCCCUCGCCCCCCCGCAGCCGUUCCGUUUAGCCGGAUCGGGCCCCGCUCCAGCCUCCGCGCGCAGGGGUCCCCUCAGCUGAGCCGCCCGGCCCGGGGGCCGCGUGACUCUCCCGGGCGCCCCCAGUGCUGGGAGAGCCCCGGCCAGGCGCCCGGGAGCUGGGCCCUCCCGUGCCGCCAUGGCCCCCAAGGACAUCAUGACCAACUCCCACGCCAAGUCCAUCCUGAACGCCAUGAACGCCCUGCGGAAGAGCAGCACGCUCUGCGACGUGACUCUGCGCGUGGAGCAGAAGGACUUCGCCGCGCACCGCAUUGUGCUGGCGGCCUGCAGCGACUACUUCUGCGCCAUGUUCACUAGCGAGCUUUCAGAAAAAGAUAAACCAUAUGUGGAUAUCCAAGGGUUGACAGCCUCUACUAUGGAAAUCCUGCUGGACUUUGUGUAUACAGAAACGGUUCAUGUGACAGUAGAAAAUGUCCAGGAAUUGCUCCCAGCAGCAUGUCUGCUUCAGCUGAAAGGUGUGAAGCAGGCUUGUUGUGAGUUCUUGGAAAGCCAGCUGGAUCCAUCAAACUGUUUGGGCAUCCGAGAUUUUGCUGAGACACACAACUGCGUUGAUCUAAUGCAGGCAGCAGAGGUCUUCAGCCAGAAACACUUCCCAGAGGUGGUUCAGCAUGAAGAGUUCAUUCUCUUAAAUCAGGAAGAGGUGGAAAAGCUCAUCAAAUGUGAUGAAAUUCAGGUGGAUUCUGAAGAACCUGUUUUUGAGGCAGUUAUAAAUUGGGUGAAACACUCAAAAAAGGAACGGGAGGACUCCUUGCCAGAGCUGCUGCAGUACGUGCGCAUGCCGCUUCUUACCCCACGCUACAUCACAGAUGUCAUAGACACCGAGCCUUUUAUACGGUGCAGUUUGCCGUGCAGAGACCUUGUUGAUGAAGCUAAGAAAUUCCACUUAAGGCCUGAGCUCCGGAGUCAGAUGCAGGGACCCAGGACCAGAGCACGUCUAGGGGCUAACGAGGUUCUGCUAGUGAUUGGAGGCUUUGGUAGUCAGCAGUCACCUAUUGACGUGGUGGAAAAAUAUGACCCAAAGACCCAGGAGUGGAGUUUCUUGCCGAGCAUCACCCGUAAGAGGCGCUAUGUUGCCACGGUGUCCCUGCAUGAUCGGAUUUAUGUGAUUGGGGGAUACGACGGCCGCUCCCGUCUCAGCUCUGUGGAGUGCUUGGAUUAUACGUCGGAUGAGGAUGGCAUCUGGUACUCGGUGGCUCCAAUGAAUGUUCGUCGAGGCCUGGCAGGGGCCACUACCCUAGGAGAUAUGAUCUACGUUUCUGGUGGUUUUGAUGGAAGCCGGCGUCACACCAGUAUGGAAAGAUAUGACCCAAAUAUUGAUCAGUGGAGUAUGCUGGGAGACAUGCAAACAGCUCGGGAAGGAGCAGGACUGGUUGUAGCUAAUGGUGUUAUCUACUGCCUCGGUGGCUAUGAUGGGCUGAACAUCCUGAACUCUGUAGAGAGGUAUGACCCUCACACUGGACACUGGACAAAUGUCACCCCAAUGGCCACCAAGCGCUCAGAUCUCUCGGCAGCUUUUGUGCUGUCUUUGUUCGCCGACGAAGACUGAGACUAUGACAGUUCAUGAAGCAAGUACUCCAACCUGCUGAUGCGACAAACAUUGACAGCUUUACUGACUUGUAUUUGUCGUCUUUCAACAUUUGCAGAGCACGCAGACGAAUUCCAGUUCUAGUGACAAUGUACCUAUUUUGUCGUCAUUCAACAACCCAAUUAUUGAGAUAUUUUUCUAGCUCAGGAAAGGAAGCACACUUCGUUGGAUGUUUUUUCUUGCUUCUUGGCAUGUCUUUUAGUGUUUUAUUUUUUCACCAUUCUCUUACUUGCUUCUCAUUGAUACAGAAUUCAUGAGCAGUGGCGCAAUUAUUGUUUGCUUCUGCAUAUUCAACAACUUUAAGUUUGAACGCUGCAUGAUAAGCAGACCAUUUUCUUUUGAUUUCACCGUUCAUUUUAAAUACUAGUAUGAAAAUAGAUUAUUAUAGUUAUAGAUUUUUUAGGACUUUAUAUAGGAAUGUCACCAGCUUUAUCACUGUCAAAUUAUUAUUGUUCUUUGUUUAUUUCAAAGCAGCCUUGUAGAUUGGCAUGUCUGUGGUGAUAACAGGCUAUUUAAAUUUUAUUAGCAAUUCCAUCGAUUCGGUAUGUUAUAUUUUCAUAUUUGCUCGAGACUUACGAGGUCCAUUGGCAGAAAUGCAUGAAGAGAUCAAAUUACACACUAGCAGACUGACACCAGUGCUAUAGUACUAUUGUUCAUGGGUUUUUUUCUGAUUGGCUUGUAAGGCAUAGCAUUUUGUGAAAUGCAUGAGGCAAAUAUCAUGCAGAUCUGCAACACUGCUCUUUUAGUAUUCAUUUCAAGCCAAUCUAGUCCACUAAACAAAGCCUUUGCAACUUUAAAAGGCUGCAGUAUUGACAUCAAUAAAUGGGCGGCAAACUUUGGCUCCUGGCUAGUCAGGGUAAGCUGCUGGUGGGUUCAGACGUUUUGUUUACCUGGAGCGUCUGCAGGCAUGAAGCCCCUCAGCUCCCUCUAGCUGCGCUGAGCCAUUCCCAGCCACUUCCUGCAGCUCCUAUUGACUGGGAACGGCGAACCACGGCCACAGGGAGCUGAGGGUCUCUGUGCCUGCGGAUACUCCAAGUAAACAAAACAACAGUGUAUUAGAUAUUCAAUAAUUCCAUAGUGUUUAAAAUCAUCAAAUUUUGGUGUAGAUCUGUUUAUAAGCUGAUCCCCGCUCUUUGAUGCUUCACUUCUUUACCAAAAAUAUUUGGCUUAUGAACAAGUGUAUAUAUAGUAAUUUGGUUUUUAAAAGCCACCUUUGUGCUGUAUUUUGUGAAAGCACCUUUAUCACAGACCCCCAGGCCAAACCUUAAACUUUUGACUCCCGCAACAGACCUUUGUGAAGUAUCUAGACUAGCAUUUAGAGGCCUAUUAGUUAACUUGCAUUAAUUGGUAAUUAAUUGAGUUGCAACAGGGCCACAAAUUCUAGCGUAGACAAAUCCCGGAGGCCAGGUUUCCAGAACUCAACAUGUUAGGUCAUAGCUGAGGUCACAGUAGGAGAUGAACACUUUUGCUAAUCUGGCCCAGAGCUCAGCUUCCAUUUGACAGUCAGGCUCCAGUUUCAGGUGCUGAGCUCUGGAAAAUCAGAUCUUUCAUGACCUGGCCUGUCUUUUUCCCCUUGACUAAUGAAACCGCAACUGGGUCAGACAUUGCUUCAGCUACUGCCUUAGCAAGAGUAGAAUGGUGGCUAAAUGCUUUUAUUUCAACAUGUUGGGUGUUGCACAUUUGUGAAAUCAAGGGCGCAGUUUUCUGCAGAGAAUGGAAUGAAAAUGCUGCUGAACUGUUUGGGCUUUCAAAGGCAUUCUGCAGUCUGGCUGAAUCCAGUUGUCUGUUCUGCUGCACCUCUUCUGGGUAGGUGUGCGUGUGUUGUUCUGUCCCAGCAUCUCACGCAGGGGAGGGAAAUAGAAACUGGCAAUAUAACAAUGCCUUAGUCCUCCUUAACCAAACCUUCCAUUAUCUCUGUGCCUGGCACAACUCCAAGAUGAAGGGAAGGGUGCAGUACUGUGGUCUUCCUGAGGGAUUCUUCAAGGCAGGGCUCAAAGGGGACAGAGUUAAGGACAUGUGGAAAGUGUCACUUAAACUUUGCAUUCCUGGUUUUUGUAAGUGUCUCCCCCAGCUAUCAGUGAUUGGUGAUAUCAGUAGAAGUGUGUGGGCAGCCCUUAACUCAGCAUUUCCUGGAUUGCUAAUGUUCCAAUGUGGGGUUGCAGAGUCCCACUUUCUGGAUAGGUGUGGGGAGCAAAAAGCCCUGGUGUAUGUGAGGAAUCAGAACUGCCGCUUAAGGAUACAUUGUGUAAGAAAUUGAGGGUUUGUCUACGCUACAGAGAUAUAUGGUGUGAUGCUCCUCCUGCCAGUUUAACUUUCCUGCUGCACCAACAUAAUAAAAUCACCUUGAUGAGAGGUGUAGCACCUAGGGCGAUGUAGGUAGAGUGAUGCAGCGUCAGUGUAGAUGCUGCAUUGCUUAUGUUGCCCUAAGUGGCCUCCAGGCGGUGUCCCACAAUGUCCAUUGUGACUGCUCCAGUUGCCGUUUUGAAGGUUACUGCCCUGCAGCCAGAUACACAGGCAUGUGCCCCUCCCCCUUUAAAGCCCCAGGUAGUUUUGAACUUGCUCUUCCUGUUUGCUAGGUGUGGAGAGCUCACAUAGCAGCUGCCCAGCUGUGCAGGAUGGCUUCAGGCAGCAAACAUGCUCCUGCCUGGAGUACACAGGAGGUAGUGGAUCUCCUGGGUCUGUGGGAAGAGGAGGCCCAGCUCUGCUCCAGCUGCAGGAACUUCUUGGGGGCAUGGAGGAGAAGGGCUAUAAUAGGGGGACAUGUAAAGAAUUAAAAAGUUGCAGCAGGCAUAGCAGAAGACAAGGGAGGCAAAUAGUCACUCUGGUCCAGAUUUGCAGGCAUGCUGCUUCUACAA